AUGGUGCCGGGCGUCCUCGAGGCCUUCGUGUCACCAGCGGCUCACCCGGCCCCCUUGGCCGCGCCGAAAGCCGCGGCGGCCGCAGCCCCCCCCGCGGCGGCAGCUGGCUUCGGACUGGCAGUGGCAGGGCUGGCUGUGGGAGCUCACGCCGGCUUGGCAGUGGCCUUCCGCGCACGCGCCGCACGCCAAGCCGAGGCCAAGCCGGAAGGGAAGUACGUCGAGACGGUUGCAGAUCAGCGCCUCUUCGAGCAGGUCUAUCUGCAGUACACCUCUGAGUACCUCAAGGGGCCUCUCUACUGGCACCCGGACAAGGCCCAGGGCUGGCUCCCGGACUACCCGGGAACUCCCAUGAUCAAGGAGGGCAAGUACACGAGCCACGUCAUCGGCAACCUCAAGGCUUUCAGCUCCAACGAGCUGGCCUUCCUGUCAAUGCUCUUCUUCGGCGUCGGUCUCUACGGCAACCUCAUGUUCAACUUCUACGACCCGCAGUGGGCGAAGGUUGAUGCCGGUGGCUUCUUCAACGUGUCCUACAUCGUGGAGUCCUUCUUGCUUCCCAUCUCCUUCUUCAUGCACAUCGCCUGCUACAUCCAGAGGCAGAACGGCAAGUGA